GGUGUCUGCGUGCUUGAGGAUAAAUGCCUGCCUCCUGAGUUACUUCAUCAAAGGGCACAGGAUUUUAACCGAUUUCUGUAACAUACCUUCAAGACCAGCCAGCUUAGAUGUAAUCACACUGAUCAUUUUCCCCGGCUCUUCUAAAUGCCAGUGCUCGCGCCUCCUGCGCCGCCACCGCCACCCAUCCAAGGAUAUGCCUUCAAGCCUCCACCCAGACCCGACUUCGGGACCUCCGGGAGAACAAUCAAGUUACAGGCCAACUUCUUUGAAAUGGACAUUCCAAAAAUUGACAUCUACCAUUAUGAAUUGGAUAUCAAGCCGGAGAAAUGCCCGAGGAGAGUCAACAGGGAAAUAGUGGAACAUAUGGUCCAGCACUUUAAAACACAGAUCUUUGGGGAUCGGAAACCAGUGUUUGAUGGAAGAAAGAAUCUCUACACAGCGAUGCCCCUCCCAAUCGGGAGGGAUAAGGUGGAGCUGGAGGUCACGCUGCCGGGAGAAGGGAAGGACCGCAUCUUCAAGGUGUCCAUCAAAUGGGUGUCCUGUGUGAGCUUGCAGGCGUUACACGAUGCACUUUCGGGGCGGCUGCCCAGCGUCCCCUUUGAGACGAUCCAGGCCCUGGACGUGGUCAUGCGGCAUUUGCCAUCCAUGAGGUACACCCCCGUGGGCCGCUCCUUCUUCACGGCGUCCGAGGGCUGCUCCAACCCCCUCGGGGGGGGCCGGGAAGUGUGGUUUGGCUUCCAUCAGUCCGUCCGACCUUCUCUUUGGAAAAUGAUGUUAAACAUUGAUGUCUCAGCAACUGCGUUUUAUAAGGCACAGCCAGUAAUCGAGUUUGUUUGUGAAGUUUUGGAUUUUAAAAGUAUUGAAGAACAACAAAAACCUCUGACAGAUUCCCAAAGGGUAAAGUUUACCAAAGAAAUCAAAGGUCUGAAGGUGGAGAUCACGCACUGUGGGCAGAUGAAGAGGAAGUACCGCGUCUGCAACGUGACCCGGCGGCCCGCCAGCCACCAAACAUUCCCGCUUCAGCAGGAGAGCGGGCAGACGGUGGAGUGCACGGUGGCCCAGUACUUCAAGGACAGGCACAAGCUGGUUCUGCGCUACCCCCACCUGCCAUGUUUACAAGUCGGACAGGAGCAGAAACACACCUACCUUCCCCUCGAGGUCUGUAACAUAGUAGCAGGACAGAGAUGUAUCAAAAAGCUGACCGACAAUCAGACCUCAACCAUGAUCAGAGCGACUGCCAGGUCGGCGCCCGAUCGGCAAGAAGAGAUUAGCAAGCUGAUGCGAAGCGCAAGUUUUAAUACAGAUCCGUAUGUUCGUGAAUUUGGAAUCAUGGUCAAAGACGAGAUGACAGAUGUGACCGGACGGGUCCUCCAGCCGCCCUCCAUCCUCUACGGGGGCAGGAAUAAAGCGAUCGCCACCCCUGUCCAGGGCGUCUGGGACAUGAGGAACAAGCAGUUUCACACGGGCAUUGAGAUCAAGGUGUGGGCCAUCGCGUGCUUCGCCCCCCAGCGCCAGUGCACGGAGGUCCACCUGAAAUCCUUCACAGAGCAGCUCAGAAAGAUCUCGAGGGACGCUGGGAUGCCGAUCCAGGGCCAGCCGUGCUUCUGCAAGUACGCCCAGGGGGCGGAUAGCGUGGAGCCCAUGUUCAGGCACCUGAAGAACACGUACGCUGGCCUUCAGCUGGUGGUGGUCAUCCUGCCUGGCAAAACCCCCGUUUACGCCGAGGUCAAGCGCGUGGGAGACACGGUGCUGGGGAUGGCCACGCAGUGUGUGCAGAUGAAGAACGUGCAGAGGACCACGCCCCAGACCCUGUCCAACCUCUGCUUGAAGAUCAACGUCAAGCUGGGAGGCGUGAACAACAUCCUGCUGCCCCAGGGGAGGCCACCCGUGUUCCAGCAGCCCGUCAUCUUUCUGGGGGCCGAUGUCACCCACCCACCCGCUGGGGACGGGAAGAAGCCUUCCAUUGCCGCCGUCGUGGGCAGCAUGGACGCCCACCCCAACCGCUACUGUGCCACCGUGCGGGUUCAGCAGCACCGGCAGGAGAUCAUCCAGGACCUGGCCACCAUGGUCCGCGAGCUCCUCAUCCAGUUCUACAAGUCCACGCGCUUCAAGCCGACCCGCAUCAUCUUCUACCGCGACGGCGUCUCGGAGGGGCAGUUUCAGCAGGUUCUCCACCACGAGUUACUGGCCAUUCGCGAGGCGUGUAUUAAGCUGGAAAAGGACUACCAGCCAGGGAUCACGUUCAUAGUGGUGCAGAAAAGGCACCACACGCGGCUCUUCUGUACCGACAAGAACGAGAGGGUUGGGAAAAGUGGAAACAUUCCGGCAGGCACGACUGUGGACACGAAAAUCACCCACCCGACCGAGUUUGACUUCUACCUGUGUAGUCACGCCGGCAUCCAGGGAACAAGCAGGCCUUCCCACUACCACGUGCUUUGGGACGACAAUCGUUUCUCUUCCGACGAGCUGCAGAUCCUCACCUACCAGCUGUGUCACACCUACGUGCGCUGCACACGCUCCGUGUCCAUCCCGGCGCCGGCAUACUACGCUCACCUGGUGGCCUUCCGCGCCAGGUACCACCUGGUGGACAAAGAACAUGACAGUGCUGAAGGAAGCCAUACCUCCGGGCAGAGUAAUGGGCGAGACCACCAAGCCUUGGCAAAGGCGGUCCAGGUUCACCAGGACACGCUGCGCACCAUGUACUUUGCUUGACGUGUCAUAGUGUUUACGAUGGUAUACGGAGUUGGAUUCACAUGAGACCAGCUACACUCAGACCAACAGAUGCCCAGCCCUUCCGUGACAGCCAGCAUCGAACAUGAGACGUCAUCGGUUUUAGUAGAUCCUCCAUCUUCCAGAAUGCCUUCCGUCCCAGAUUUCAGACUUGGAUUUUGAACUGCAGACCUGUAUGAGACCCCAUUGUCGUAGGAAGUAUGGUUUGCCAAAAUCUAGAAGCUGCUUCUUAAAAUAGAGUCCCGUGUUUCCUAAAAAUCUCCUAAAACCAGUCUAUGAACUCAGGGCUUUAAAACAUUUUUAAUUUAUUUGGUCAUUCAAUUUACUUGUUUUUAAUACAUGAUUCUCUAUGAAAUUGAUGGGCUCAAACUAGCUGUGAACGUUCUCAGAGAGUGGAAGCAAAACACAGAGCACGGCAGUGGUUUUAAAGCCUUGAGCGUUGUGAGGUGGUCGCUGACGUCUACACCAGAGUGACCCUAGUGCGCUCCUGACAGGGCUCACACAAGCUCUUCGGGGCCGAGGGCAGGUGGCCCGCCGAGGUGCCCACGGGCGUCUCGCUCUGUCACCACCCGCCUCUCACUCAGCUUGAAAUAAGGAGCGGGGGCAGAAGACGGGCCAUGUGUGUUUACAACAUUUAUAGGUCCAGAGAGAUUGGCAGACAAGUGCCAUUUUAAUAAAAAUUUAUUUAAAAAAAAAAAAAAAAGAAAAAAGACAAUAUGCCGACAGUCUAAUCGUAAGAUUUGUCCUAUAGGACUGUGACAUUUAUUUUCCAAAGUUUCUAAAGAAUACGGGUCUGUGGUGAUAAAUACAGUACAAUCCUUUUUCACUGUUAUGUCUUUAAUGUAAGAGAAAAAAAUAUAUAUAUCUGGUUUGCAGUAUUAAUGUGAUAGGUAGAUGCUGUUUUUCAUUUUAUUGACUAUGGGGUGCUUAUUGUGAUCUGUUUAGCAUAUCAGGAGUGUUUUGGAGCCUGGAGACUGGACCGCCUCGUGUGGUUCUCGCGCUUACGUACAGGAGUAUGCAAUUGACUCAAUGUGACCGCGACCCGCCUUCCCCGCGUAGAUUGCGUAGCCUGUACUUGGGGGGCACCGAGCGCGCACGGCAGCCGCUCGCCGCCGCCCCACCUCCCGCCCCCGUGUGUUGCUCAGCCGGUUAAGCACAGAUGGAAUGUACUUAUUCUUCCAUUCCUGGAACAGGUCCACGUGUCGGAGUGCACUUCUCUCUGCGUCUGGUUCUCUGUUAGACGAGUCUCGUAGGAUCUAUGCACUGAAACGCGCAGAGAGCCGUCGGCGGUGGCUCCCCGUUGGGCGCGAGGCCAGCGGCCCGCGACGGAGCCUGCCCGCAGAGGUGGCGGACUGCAAAGCCCACAGAAGAGAUUUGCAUUCUGGGCCCCAGACGCGGGUUUGCCAAUCUAGAAACCGUCGCACUAAGCGUGAUACCACGGACAACUCCGGAAGGGUAACAGCAGACGACUCUGUGCUAAGUGGGCUGUUUGUCCUCGUAGACAGUUUUUAAAACAAAUCAAAUCCACGUUCAGUGUAGAGAUUCGGGGAAGGAGACGAGCCCUUCCCCCCCCCCCCCCAAGUGCUGCUUUGUGCUCUGUAGGCUUACCCCUCCCUGCCGACGGCCCUCCCCGGACCCAGUCCCCGACACUGACCUCUGGCCCUGCGGUGGGGCAGGGGUCCCGAUGGGCUGGCUGCCUCUUGCUGGAGACAGCACCCCCACCUCCAUCCUUGUCUGCUGGCUCGGAGGGGGGAGGGGCGACCGCAGGCGGGGCUGUGACAGACACUUGGCCUAGAUUUUGGCGGCGAUGACAAAGGGGCGACUAUUGUUUGUGAAGAUAUAUACUCAGAGUGGUGUGUGCGUGCGUGUCUGUGUGUGCAUGUGGGUGUCUUAGUAAUGGCGUUAGCCUUUUCUUGCUGUAUCUUUUUUGUUUGGGGGGUUUUUUUGUUUUUUGGGUUGGUUGGGUUUUUUUGUUGUUAUUUUGUUGGGUUUUUUUUUUUUUUUUCUUUUUUUUUUUUUUUGUUAUUUUGGUCUUUUUAAACGAACAGAAGCCUCUGCUCUAAGAAAUGUUGCAAUUCCCUGUCCUUUUAUUGGCAAGUGGCACUUUCUCCUAUUUUCAGAAGGAUACCAAUACACUCUUGGCUUAAAUUACCAGGAGCAUCCAAGCUAAGGAGGGAAUCUCUUCACUAAUACACCUUCGAAAUCUGAAAUUAGGUUAGUUUUCAGCCAUGUUUAGGGUCAUCUGGAAUCGUGUGUCUCAAAGGCUUGUUUCUGCAACCUGCCACAGGGUCCUGGCGGUCAGGGCAGUGGCGGUGCUUGGUAAAAAUGCAGACCCCUGAAUCAGAUUCUCCAGAGCUGGGCUGGGCGUCUGUAUUUUGUACCUUCAGCCGGGAUUCCGGGGCUGCCUGAAGUCUGAGAACCCGUGAUGGAGAACUUUCUGAAGAGUAAUCUCCCUCGAGCACCAAGGGCCCAGCCCUUUGGCAGUGCGGGCAGGUGCCUUCUAAGCUAACGCCUAGGAAAGAUCACAGGCUGACAGAAAAUGAGACCUUUUUUUUCUUUAAUCAUUUGAAGGCAAGGUGUUCCUUUUCGUGGGCCAUAGUACUUGAGAAAGGUACUUUGUACAGCCCUAUGCUAGUUUUACAAAACCUUUCAUACUAAAAGCAUUAACAGACCAAACGUCUCCAGCUGGGUUAGCUGCAUACCUUUGUACACAUCUGAUGAUUCAGAAUUCAAAUGGCUGUAGUUACAGUUUCUCAGGUAAAUAAUUGUUUUCCCAAAUUUCUACCAAUCCCCCCGUUAUUAGGAUCAGUUUUGAGACAGCGUAAAACCUCAAAGUGCAGUAGACUAAGUCUGAGCCCUGUUCAUGUGGAAGCCAAAAGGGGCCCUCGCCCGUCUCUGACUGUGCUUGCACCCCCCGCCCCUGGGCUACCUCGGCCCUCGUGGCCCCAGAUUCCCAGGGGAGCCCCGUCCUCCACGUGCGUGCGGUCACCGGAGGCUCGGGGCCCAUGUGGACUCGAGUGGCGUCCGCUCGCUGGCUUUGCCCCGCCCCACUGUUAAGUAAGGUGUGCCUUGCUUUAAGCAAACUGAAUGUGAAAAUUAUGAUGUAGAAAUCUGGAUUCAUUAAAGAGAAAAACUAGGAUUUAUCUCGUCUCUUUUAAAGAGGUCUCCCAAUGAGAUUCUUAUACUGGUACUCUUCCUAGUAGAUUUUAAAAUGUUCGCUUUAAGAGAAAUGACAGUACCCCCCUCCCUUCCCCACUGUUCUGCUCGCCCCGCUCUCGCCCUAGUGACAAAGCAAUGAAGGAAACCCCGGGGGAGCCGAGGGCGGCCGCUGCUUUGUGCCCGUGCCCCUUGGGGACGCUGAGAUUCCAGCCUGUUUGUGUGCUACAAGCUCAGAAUUUCCUAGUGCGGAUACGUUAUUGUAAAACUGGGCAUACCUGUACUUUUAGAAAGGGACUGUUUGGUUUGGGAGUUGAGAAAUCUUCACACACACACUUUUGAUACGUUAUAGGGUCUGCUUUUACUUUUUUAACGUGAUGUCGCUUUCUGGUGGUGUUCUCACACUCCCGUGGAUGAAUGUUUGCACUCUAGAACCACAGGCGGCCCCUGGCCCUCGGUGGGUGCGGGGGGGCUUGCCCGAGAGGGACGUGGUGGCAACGGAGUGAUUUCCCUGCUCUUUUGAGGUUGGCCGGGGUCCCUGCUCUGACUGAUGUUCACCCUGGCUGCGGGGUGCUCAUUGGAAAAGACCGUGUAGUUCAGUUCCUGCAGCGGGGUGUGGGGUAGUUUUACUGAUGUCAUAUUAUAUGUUAUUUUUAUUGUUGGUAAAUGCAAAUGUUGCUAUUUAUUUUUUUUCUUUCUGCUCUGGUUCGAUUUGGCCGAUGUGGAUAUCCCAGUGCAUGUGGUACCUGAUGGAUAUGCUAGCAGUUUCUUUCCCCAACUUUUAUAAAUUGCCUAAUGUUUACCUGCAAGUUUGCCGGAUGAUUUUAUUUUUGAAAGCCACAAAUGUAAUUUUUCUGGAUGAAUUGUUUUUCUUAUAUAUGCAGCAAUGUAAUUUUACAUUGAUCUGCAGGGUGAUUUAAAUUUUAUUUUUACAGGGCAGUUUUUCAGUCAAAUUAUAUAUUUGAUACAAUAUGUUAAGGGUAGACCAGCCAAGCGUCCUGCAGUUGGGACACCAGACUGUCUCUGGGGGGCCUGGGGGGCUGGGACGGCUUCUCUUGGUUGCUUGGCAUCAUGGAAGCACUUGGCUUGGUUCGUGGAGCCGUCAGGAUCUGGAUGUACUCCUUCAACGGGACUUUGAUCUGUUGGACAGUUAAAAGGAUUUUUCAUGGGCAUUUUCCUACACCUAAGGCAGUUCCAUUAGGAGGAGCUUUAGAAGUUGACAUAAUCCAGACAGUGGACAAUCCCAGUGGCCCAGACAAGCCAUAGAAAUUUCCCUGUGACCUCUCUUUGACUCAUCUCUCACGCUCAUGAGAAAAGGAAUGUACAAUAAAUAGAAACUUCCUCAGUGUUCGUACGCCUCACUUUCAGAAUGCAAAUAGUUUAUUUAUAUUUUAAGCCCUUCCCCAAAGUAACCAAGAAUCUUCUCCCUCGAGCUGCCCUGCCUGCGGGUUUCGGCUGCGGUGACGUUCUCUUCAGUGUGGACACGGUGCACGUGUGACUUUGUAAUGGGGCUGUCUGUGUUACACACACACGCUGACUCUUUUGUAAGGAAGAUUUUCAACUCAGAAUAAUUGCACUGAUUUUUUGACAACUUCCUUUUUAUUAUGUCCAACUUUGCAUCUGCUGUACUUGUUUGAAACGAUUGUAAAUAGAUGUAGGGCCGCAAACGUGAUAGGAACGCGACGCGUCGCUUUGUUGUAGGGUACUGGCACGUUUUCAGUAUUAUGUGUUAGAGUCGCGUGGACUUCACUCUGCCUCUUUAGCCUUGUGUCUGCUGACCAUUCAUGAAGGACAAAUUAGCCUCGUUUUCUUGUUUUCCAGAAAGGAAGUUUGCAGUUUAUUGAAAGGAGAGUAUGCUCUCCCAUUGAGGUCUGAAGAUUUAACUUUAAGAGGGUUAACUAUAAAUCCUUUGAGCGCUCUCUUUGGUCUCAUUCCUGGUUGUUUUUCAUGGCUCCUUAAAGCAUUUUCUUCCAGUUCCAUCCAGCAUCUGACAGUUCGUAUCAGAAGCAUCUGUGUGGCCAAUGUUGCUAGACGGUGAGGGCCUCCCUCACUUCUCUUUGGUCAGCCAUCAUUUUAAAGCCAUGAGAUCACUGUUGUGUCAAAACCGUCAUUUGUGGCUUAGCCCAUCGAUGCUGGAGAGACCUGAGAUCCAGCGCUGUUCCUGUAUGCCUUGUGACGUUGCUAGGUGAGAAGUAUGUGCUCCAGCCCACAGCCCACAGCGUGUAAUCGUUUGCGGUCAGGCUACCCAGUAAGACACACACGGAGCUUCUAGACCCAAACCAGUCACGAAUGUGUGUCAACGUAGCGUCGAUGCCAUCGUGGUGCCCUCCGUAAUGCUUUUUUGGUUAUGUUUUGCCAUUUUAUUGUCUAAAGUGAAUGUAUUGGCCUAGCCAAAUCACUACGGAAGGUGGUUUCUGAAUACCUUUUAGUUUAAAAAAAAGUAAAUAAAUGCAGAUAAAGGCUACCUCUGAAUUCUCAGUAGAUUAGUGUUUGCUCUUAAGCGUAGCUGUCCACACUGAAAAUAGCCAAAACGUUGCCUGAAUAAACUGAAUUGUGAACAUCUCUCUCUCCAGUUCUGGCUUGAAAAUGUGUGUGCCAUACUGUGACCCGUGGGCAGUCCCCUCCUCCCCCUCGGAGGUAAGAGAGGUGGGCCGGGACUCCUCGGGGCUGCCCGGCUCCGUUUUAGGACUCUAAGCGGCCAGCGCGAGGAAGAGCCUCCCGCACCGUCCUCCCAGGCUGGCGGGAGCGCCUCCGUGUGGGGCUGCGUGCAGCGAGACCCUGAAGCAGCCUGUGGUCCUGGCCUUGUGCGCUUCCCUGUUUGCUGUGAGAAAGCACUCUCUUCUCUGCUUCACUUGUGAAUGGGUUGAAAAUGGCUCCCUCUGCGCUCUCCUCCCUUUUUAUACGCUCUGUAAAAUCACAAAGGUGCUUAAACACCAACUCUUGUGCAAAAAUAAUCCAUCUAAAGUGGCCGUGUGGUCGCAGGAGACAGUGCGGUCGUGAUCGGCCUUUGACCUUGGAACCUUGAGUUACUGUCACUCCCUACUUAAAAAUGAUCUACGGUUUAAAAGCAAAAUGUUGUGUCCGAGUCCAAGGCCCUUUGUUUGACCAGACUUAAGGGCCCACAGCCAGCAUCUUUAAGUCGGAGUUCCCAGGGCCCCCUGGGUCAUCUGACGCUAACUCUAACUCUCGCUAACUCGCAGGCAGUCAGUCCUGAGAGUCUGUCACCUACCGCUCUGAAUAGCCCUCCCUGUGAUUAACCACUUUGCUGCCAGAACGUCCUUUGCCCACACACUGCCGUGGGUCAGUCGGGGUCGCCCUCUGCCCUCUUCACCUCUUGUCUUUAGGCUCGUUACGUUCUCUCAUCUUUGGAAGGUCCGCAUUUGCUGCGAGACCCCUCCGUUGGUUUGCUCUUAAAUUCUUGAGGGACAGGCGGGCGGUUUUGCAGGAACGGACAUCUGGGGGCGUGGAGGUUGCUCUGCUCGCUCACCGGACGCUCAUCAGAUGCUGACUUUGGCGCAGAGAGGUUACGCGCGUAACAUGACCUGGCAGUUUUUGCCUUUAGCACUGUCGUUUUGGGUUUUGAUGCUUUUCUCGCUGCGCGGCGUGCUUUAAUCCUGAAAGAGCUAAGUGUCCUUUGCGGUCUUUCUACGAAUGUUUUGUAAUGGCGCGACUACACUGUUUUGUAGACACAGCCCUCCCCAAGAUGCGUGGGCGCUCAGCGCGGGCACCCUCAGUGUCUGCUGACCUGCUGCUUCUGGAACUGCUCCGGCGCUCUGGGUUGGCCUUCUCUUCGACCAGAAUCCCAUUCAGGGCGUUUUCAGGGGACACCGCACGGCAGCCCACUCUGAUUCAGUAAUGUGAACUGUUGAACUCAGAUCUGCCCAUGAGCUCUGUGCAUAAAUGUCUCCAGAAUCCCGGGGUGAGCCUCUCCCGCCAUUUUCACGUUCAUGAAAAAUUAUUUUAAAAGAGGGAGCUGAAGACUACUGGUGCUUUUGUUAUUAACACUUUUCUCUUACUGGUUGAUGUGAAAGAGUUAAAGCUAAAACACCAAAUAUUAACUCUUCCUCCUCAAGUGUCUCCAGGAACUAGAUGUUGAGGCCACCCUCGUUAAGCACCUUCUGAAUCAAGGUCCUUCAAACCGUGAGUCGAUCCCAAGACCAGCCUACGCCAUGAGGCCAGGGGUGCGGUGCAGGCCAACUGUGUGGCCCCUUGGCACCACUUGGCAGACCUCGGUGCUUGUGUUGGGGAGCCGAGGCUCCUUUGAACUCUAGAGACUGUGGGGACAAUCUGGGGGAGGGGGGCGCGGGAGAGGGCAGGUCCCUCUGACCCAGGAAGCGGGUGGCACCAGGCCUUCCUCUGGUCUCCCUCGGUACCAGACUGAGCAUGUUCUGGAAGACCCAGUCUCAGCCUCUGUGCCUUUAAAAGUCCGGUCCUCAGUGUCCUUUUGGAAUCGCGUUGGGGCUGCGUUUUCAUUGGGAAGUAAGCCUGGAUCAUUCCACAAGUCAAUCAUUGACCUUCUGCCUUUGAAUCUGCGUUUGCUCCUCAGCUCCUGACUUUGUAAACUGUGAUGCCCGUGCAUACUGUCUCACGUCGGAAAACGUUAGGUUCUUGUAGCCGCAGGAUUUCCUUUCCAAGUCCACGUCCGCGGCGGGGAUUCCGGGAAAUGCGCGCAAGAUCCAUCUCUUUUAGUCAGGCAUCGACCAUAACCGUCAGCAAGACCUGGUGGUUUCGUCCCCUUAGUCGCUUGACAAGACUGUUUAGUGUCACGGAACUAGAUUUUUAGAAAAGGAAUUGGAAUCGUGUCUCUGGUAAAUUGCGUGUGAAGUCCUCAGACGUAAGGUGCUAUUCAGUCCUACUGUCCUUCUCUUGGGACGCUUUUCGUUAGUGUUGCUGUUUUGUGUGGUGUGUGGGGAAGCUGCUGACUGGGGUGAGCCGUGCAUAUAGGACUCCCGAUUCUGACAUACCUAAAAUGCAGUCUUUAUCUCUAACUCAUCUAAGCCAGGUUUUGAGCAGUUUCUUGGCUGAUGGUCUAAUGACAAAACACCUUACCCUGUCCAGGAUGAUUUUAUUGCUUUCAAGUGGGGGAAAGAACCCGAUGUUAUUUAUUUUUAAAAUGCAUAGAAAUCCAUCCUCAGUGGCUCCUCUUGGCCCUCCCUUCUCCCAAUCUCUCCUUUCUGAAAGGCAGUGAGUGGUCUUUCCCUCGGCAGAGGUGCUGGCUGCAGAGGGGAGGACACAUUCAGAAUCUCGGAUCUUCUUCCAAGGCAAAUACACGCGUGACUAAAAUCCUGAGAGUAUAUAGUGUAGCACUAAAUGGAAAUUUGAGUCCUGAGUUUGAUAGUGGAUUUUAAUGUAGUGGCUGAAGGUAUGAAUUCAUGUUUUGUAACUAUAGAGGCAAGUGAGUUUUUACUUUUUAAAAAGUUUUAAGAGAAUAAUUGUUAAGUUUCUGUGCAGCAAAGUGGCUAAUUACUCAUUAAAUACAAGAAAAGAAUGUAGUGUCUAAAUCCAGAUUUUUCUUACCUCUGAUACACUUCAGAUUACUUACCUAAUAUGUAUUGAGGGGUUUUAACCCUGAGUUUUAUCAACUUUUCUAGUUUUAUUUUAUUUUUAUAAAAUAAUUGAAAAAGAACCAAAAAUGAAUUCAGAAGUUCCAUAGGUAGAUCUUGCCCCUUCUUAAUUUUCCUCCCACAAUAAAACAUUUUAGAAGAUAUUUUGAAUCAAAAUGUAUUGUGACCAUUGAAAGUUUACUAUUUUCUAAGAAGCUGAGCAGCUACAAGGGCCUCGUUUCAGGCGGUACUCUGCGUAUUGUCCACGGACUGUUGAUACCUGUGCGGUGGGUCUAUGUGACGACGUCUUGUGCUUGCAAUAGAGAAACCGUGCAGUGCUGUUUUGUAAAACUGAAAGUUCCUGUACAAACUAGUAUUUAUAUACAUUGGCCUCUCUGUAUAAUUUCUCAUUUGCUACAUGAAUUGUAAAAUUAAUUAUAAAAUUAUAGUACCUGCUAAAUACAA